AUGUCUUCGUUCAACAAAGAAGACAUUUCUAGUAUCCUGAGCAACCGUUCAAUUAUCCUGGUUAUAGCGUAUAUGCGCACCGGUUCCUCAUUGACGGCUUCGAUUCUACAGGAAAGCGAGCGGUCUUUUUAUGUCUUUGAGCCGCUGCAUAGACUAGGAGCUCGUCAGCGAUGUUUGGAAUCGAAAACUAUUAUCCUGAAGUUAAUUCGUCUGUCCAUUCAGCAGGCAAUCGAGCUUUUACCAUUCUUUCCUAACAUGAAGAUUAUCCAUCUAGUGCGAGACCCAAGGGCGAUAAUAAAUUCGAGACGAAAUGUUAUUCCGCAUGGACAGAUAAACUUCGAAGAGCUAACAAGACCAACAAUUUUCUGUUCUAGGCUGCAAAAUGAUUUAUCUGAUACCAAAGUGUUGAUGAAAUUUCAUCCGUCGAUAAUCAAGCUAGUGCAAUAUGAAGACAUUGCAGAACAUCCAUUAGAAGCUUCAAAAGAUUUAUAUGCUUUUGGAGGACUGAAAUUUGAUGACAAAAUCGUACGUUUUGUCAAAAGCCAAACUCAGUCUAGCUUAGACGGUUGUAACUACUGCACGCAGCGGAAGAAUUCUACUGCAACGUCGCUAGAAUGGAGGUCGGAAAUCAAACUAAAUGAAGCGCAUGACAUAUUUAAUUAUUGCAACAAAAGCAUGAGUGUUUUGGGAUACCUAGACCUUCCCGAUAACCAAACCCUACGAGACUUGUCCAAUCCCUCUCGGUUUCGAUACAAUGUUUCGAAAAUAUUGCUCGUCGAUGACAAAUUCUAA